AUGGAUGGCUCAUUUGGAGUAAGAAAGGGUGCAUGGACUGUAGAAGAAGAUAAUCUCCUAAGGAGGACCAUUGAAAGAUAUGGUGAAGGAAGAUGGCAUCAAGUCCCUCAAAGAGCAGGUUUGAAUAGAUGCAGGAAAAGCUGCAGAUUGAGGUGGUUGAACUACCUGAAGCCAAAUAUCAAGAGAGGAGAGUUGUCGGCCGAUGAGAUUGAUCUCAUUAUGAGACUUCAUGGGCUUCUUGGUAACAGGUGGUCGCUAAUUGCAGGGAGACUCCCCGGAAGAACAGCGAACCAUAUCAAGAACUACUGGAAUACCAACCUGCGCAAGAAACUUUGCGAGGAGCAGACAAUACCAAAACCAAAGGUGCAGCAUCCUAAUAGUAAUAUUAUUGAAUCGAAAACUACAAUCAUAAGACCUCGCCCUCGAACUUUCUCCAAAAAGUCAUCGUCAUCUCUCUUGAUCAGCAAGACCACGACAGCUGACAACAAUCUGAACGUUCCAAAAAGUAUUGGACACAAUUAUGUAUGUGGGUCAUCCAGUGGUAGAGCUGUAGAGGCAGAAGCAUUAGUGGUGAUGCAUGAACCAAACACUAAUAACAACUUGUUGUUUGAUAACGAUGAUGCCGAGAAAGACAGGAGAAGCACUUUACUAAACAGUGAGUUUCCUUUCACAGAAUUAUGCGUUGAAAAGUCAACGAUGGAGUUGGGUGACAAUUUCAUGAGUGAUUUCUCUUUCGAUGUGGAUUUCUGGAAUCUUUUUGGGACUGACCAAGCUGGUCCCGAAUCAAUCAUGUGA